GUAAGAGCAAAUUUAUGCAUUAAAUUCUUGAAAUUUGAAGUAAGGGAGGCUGUGCUUUUUAUGCUUAUUAGUCCCCGUUUUUGUUGUAACUGAAUUAAAUAGAUUUACUUUGGCUUUCAUGUGUACCUUGUUAGAUGGGGUGGUUGUAAGUGGGAUUAGCAGGCAGAGAUGAUGAAAUAAUUGCCUUGCAGAUCUGCUACCGUCGGUUUACUUUGCAGAUUCAGUUAUCACCAGAUUACAUCAUUGUUGUUACUAUCAACCAGUAACUUAUUUGCACAAAGGCGUUACCAACUUCCUGAUUUAGAGGUUUUUGGUCCCUUCAGUUAAGUUGGUACCGUCUUUACAAACAUGCCAUAUUAUAUACAGAGGCUUCAUAAUACUUGCAGAAAGUCAUUCUCUCCCAAUGGCCCUGUUUCCGAUGAAGCUCUUGAAAGAGUUCGUACUAUGCUAGAGAAAAUGAAGCCUUCUGAUGUAGGUCUGGAACAGGUGGCGCAAAUGGUACGUAAUUGGUCUAGUCUUGUAGAGCGGAAUGGAACCCUUCUGUCUUUGCCACCAAUUAAGUAUCUGCACUUGCAUGAGUGUGGCAGCUUCUCUGUAAGAAUUUUUUGUAUGCCACCUUCCUCUAUCAUACCUCUGCACAAUCAUCCAGGAAUGACAGUGCUGAGCAGGCUUAUCUAUGGCUCAUUAUACGCAAAGUUGUAUGAUUGGCUUGACCCAACAGAGGCUGAAGAUCCACUACAAGCAAGAGCUGCAAAGCUUGUUAAGGAUACUGAGAUGACAGCUCCUUGUGCAACCACAGUACUUUAUCCCACAAGUGGAGGCAACAUUCACUGUUUCAGGGCGAGGACUUCCUGUGCCAUUUUUUAUAUUUUAUCUCCACCAUACUCUUCGGAGAAUGGAAGACACUGCACUUACUUCCGGAGAUCCCCAAGAAGGGAUUUACCUGGGGGCAUUGAAAUGAAUGGAGAUGAGUUCUCGGAAGUGACUUGGUUAGAAGAGUUUCAGCCCCCCGACAACUUUGUGAUUUGGAGAGGGCUGUACAAGGGUCCUGUUAUUAGAACUUGAAAUAUUCUUGUACCAUCCAUCCAAUAUUCUAAUGAACAACAAGAAACAUGAAUGGGACCAUAGAAGUUAGGCAUUUGGCGUUGUACAUAUUACCACACCAAUUUAAACCUGUGAUUUUACUGA